AACUUAUGUACCAUCUAGAAUUCUAGAUAAGGUUCUAUCAAACUAAAUUUUGUUUUUAGGGCCAAUAGUUCAUUACUUUACGUUAAUUUUUUGUUGGAAACGAAAAUUAACCGGUAGAAUGGCCAUAUCCUGAUGCGUGAUGCCUUUCCUGAUGCACAAUGACUUUUCAAUCAAAUACAUAUUAAUCAUUAGAUUCCCACAAAGGGCAUUUAAGUGCCUAUAAAUACAAGGAGUCUGUUUUGUUAUUUCAUGUGCUAAACUCAGACAGUCGCAACCAAUUACAAAAAUCUAUUGCCAGUCUUGCUCGCGUGCUAAGGAAAAAAUGGCCGCCGUCGGAGCCAACUACAACAUCAACAUUUCUGAAAUCACAGCCAACAUGAAAGCGGAGGGAGUCCAGUCCCCUGAGAUGGAAGCUAUGGUGAAGGCACUUUCAGACGACACGAUAUGGAAAACAAUCGAGGGAUUCAAGGGCAAGGACAUGAGCACUCAGGAGAAAAUGAUUAACAACAUGAUGGCCAGUGGUGGUCUAGCUCAACUCGGCAUUCCUGUUCCAGAGCCAGUGAACCCAGCUGACCCUCACGUGAUCACGAGCGCAAAAUUUGCAGUGGAAAAGCAAAACGAGAAUGCCGGGACAAGCCUGGUUUUCAUCCAAGUGAAUGGAGGCCUGCAGUGGAAAAUUGUUAUUGGCACUCUCUAUACCCUUGUCCUUACAACUCAGGAUUCUAAGGGCACAUAUACCGAUUAUGCAGUGUUUCUUGAGACCUUUUUGGGUCAGAAGUACCUCUUCUGGUAUAAGCAUUAAUCAAGCAUUACUGGAGUAUUGCCACUGGGCCUUUGGUCCGGUGGUGUGUGGGAGGUCAAGGGUUCGACUCUUAUCUUCUACCAAAAAAUUGUCACAAUAUGUGACGACCUUAAUUUGUCAUUUUCGAUGGAAUCUUUACUUACAUCGAGUCCUCCUCCCCUUCCCCCUAUAUUAGAUUAGAUUGGGUUAUAGAAAUUCUAUCAUUGCGACAAAAAAAAAAAAAAGCAUUACUACCCUGAUCAAUUGAGGAUGACUAAUGUACUCUAUUAAGUACUUUUAAUUAUGUGGUGUCUAUGCUGUGCUUUGAUUAUAUGCACGCAUGGAUGUUUUAAACGAUGGAUGCACUUCUGACAUGCAA